GAAAACUGCUCCGCCACAGAAGUUGCCGCCCAAGCUCCUCUCUACCGUCGACCGUCGACCGUCAACCGUCAACCGUCAACCGUCAGCCGUGUGUCGUCCAUCUCUUCCACAUCGUAUUCUUAGCUGCUGUUGCAAGUUUUUUUCAGCUGGCAGCGCGGCGCUCGCUCACCCACACAUACACACACCAACGCACACACGCAACAAACAGCUGUGAGCAGUUGAGUUGAGUUGAGUUGAGCCGAGUUGAGUUGAGUUGAGCCGAGUUGAGUUGGAAGAGCAGCUGCAGCAGCAGCGGCAGAGCAACUCAAAUUUGCUGCCACCAGCAGAGGGCGCCCUCGUCCGUUGUCGCUGUGUAAACGAACGUCCAGUCAAGCAGCGGCCGCCGCACGCAACGCAUCAGCUCCAAUUGACACGCACGGAGACGGAACGACGCCAGCCAACCGCAACACAGCAAGCAGCAAUAGCAACAGCAACAACCACAUGCAUAGACACAUGUCAGUGUAUGUGUGCAGAUCUUUAACUAAUUCGCAAUUCCUUUCCAACAACUUAAAUUUCGAGUGCUGUGCGUAAAUUAAAAAUAAGAAAAAGAGCGACAGAGAGCGAGAGCGAUGCGAGGCGGCAAAUUCGGCUUUUUUAGAAUGUAUUAAAAAAUUUAAAUGUUAAACUAGAAUAACAAAUUUAGUUGUUGAUACUUUUUGCAAUUAUUUGUUAAACGAGCAUCAGAAAGAGAGAGCGAGAGAGAAAGCUACAGAGAGUAUGAGAGAGAGACAAAGCUUCAGUCAGAAAAUUGUGUGCCGUAAAUGAAAAACGUGAAAUAAAAUUAAAUAGAAGCAAAAUCGGAAAUUAAUUAAUUAAUAAAAGUUAAACACAAUACACACACACACAUACACAGACAUACACACAUAUAAACACACGAAAAUCAAAUCAAAUUCUUGUGAUUAAAGUGCAUUUCUAAUACAUAUAUACAUAGAUAUACAUAUAUACACACACCCUCACACACACACACACACACACUCAUACAUACUGAUGUAUGUAUGCAACUACUCACAAAAAAAAAAAAACAAAACAAAACGCAUCGAAAAUCCCAGUCAACAAAAAAGACUUUGAAUGCUGCACAAAUAUAAAUCCAAUUGGAGGCAACACAGCAAGCGCAACGAGUGAGAUAUUUUUCCAACUGGGCAAUGAAGAUGGAAGUGCUCUCAGUACAAAAUCACAUUCAGGGACAAUUCGGCGGCAUUGGCACAACAAAAGUUAAAGACUGGACGAGUCCGCUAACGGCACCAGCAACUGCAACUGCAACAGCCGCGGAGGUGAACGUGGCUGACGUGGACGUUGCAAACGCGGACGUUGCGAACGUGGACGUGGACGUGGACGUCGACGUUGAUGUUGAUGUUGUGGAUGGCCAUCCCGCUUCAGUGCUGCACAUGCGUCAGCAUCAGGCGCUCAACACCCGCCCGCGCCUCUCCUCCUCGUCGUCCGCCUCCUCGACGGGCGUCGGCGUCAAGGCCCCCGUCUGCCCCAUGGCGGCCAGCUUCGAUAUGCUAAACGGAGGCAGUGCAACCGCCGGCUACAUGUCCAACGUGUUGCAGGCAGCACCGCAGACAACAGCGCUGCCCGCCUCGCCGCUGCAGUCGACGCCAACGUCGCGCUUCGGCGCCAUCGACAAUCUGGACGAUGUGAGCGCCGUUGCGGUGCAGGAGCUGUCCCAGCAGCUACAGGCCAAGCUACGCGACGCCAAAAGCCAGCAUCUUGCCUGCACCGAGGUGACGCUGCCCAACAAUCUGAUGCAGCGCAUCGCAGCCGAAAUCAUUCGCAUGUCGGAGCGGGAGCCGUGCGGCGAAAGGGCCUGCACCAUAUUCAUCGAAUUCGAGAGCGAGCCGAACAACGUUAGACGUAUUGCUUCGUUUAAGGUGGAUCCGGAUACAGUUUCCAUAUUUGAGCUUUAUCUAACGUUGAAGCAGGACAAGCGCGGCUGGUCCAGCCUGCUGCCCAAGCUGUUCAAAUAUAUAACACGCAGCAAUACGAUUAUGAUCAGUCCCGAUUUUACUUUGACCAAGAACAAACUCUACUCUCCCAGUAGAGGCAGCAUCAUAUGAGGCAUAUGGAAGGCGUAGAUGUCGAUGUGGGCGUGUUUCGAUGGUGUACUUUGGAUGCUGCACUUGAAUCAUUACACAAAUCCCUCCGAAUAAGUAAAUGAAUGUAUAAGAAGAAGAACAGCGAAUGCAACAGCUCCAACACUUUAAACACAAACUCACGUCGGCGUCCUUAACAAAACCCAUCCAAAACAAACAAAAACAUACAAAACAAAAAUUAAUAAUUUAAAAGAAACAACAAAACCCAUAAAGAGGCAAACUUUGGACCACAAUUCAGCAAAUCCUGCAAAACAAAAACAACAAAUCAACGCAACACUAGGAGAAAUAAUAAUAAUAAUAAUAAUAAUAAUUAAAACAAAAACAAAAACCCAACAACAAAAACAAUUAUGUAUUUUGAGACCUACAAAAUCCUAAAAACAAACAAAAACAAAUCAACUGCAGUUGCAGGCAACUCAAAACUCUUAUUGGACUGACUUUUUGGCUUAUAAACAAAAAAUGAAACUUUUUGAAACAAAAACAAAAACUCAAAAAAAAAAAAAUCAAAUAUUGAAAAUAUUGUAAACAAAAAAAGGAAAAUUGUCACUCAGUGAAAACGGUUGCCGGUUAUCCGUUUUUAAAAACAAAAACAAAAAAAAAAAAAAAAAGGAAAACAAAAAACAUAAAAAGGAAAA